AUGUGUGGUAAGCAAAACAGACUUGCUAGUUUUCAUUCAAUUCCUUAUCAACUGCAUAUUGUGCACCCUGACAGAUGGCAUGCAUUCAUCCAGAGUAAGGUUAUAUGUUUGCCAAGAGUUGUGAAGUGCACCGGUGGCCACAUGCCCCAUUCAGCCUCCCGAUGUGACCAUCACAAUAGGCUUUCACAGAGCGCUGCAAUAGAGCUGCAAUGUGUGGGUGUGUUGUACUGUUCCAAACGUGGGAAAUUCGAUGCCAUUUAUGUGAAACCGAAGUUUGAGGCUGUUGAAGAACCAUGUGAAGGCACAAUGAAAUUUGUUGCAUCGUGA